CCAACAUCGUCAUGUUGUCCCGUGUGAUCCGUUCUGUUGCCCGUGCCCCUGCCGCGUCCGCGCUCUCCCGCCGAUGCUUCACUACCAAGUUCUCCCCCUCGCACGAGUACCUGACCAUCGCCGGCAACCAGGCCACCAUUGGUAUCACUGACUUCGCCCAAAACGCAUUGGGCGACGUCGUGUACGUGGAAUUGCCUUCCGUUGGUGACCAAGUGACCAAGGGCGAAGUUUUCGGGUCGGUCGAAUCCGUCAAGGCUGCUAGCGAUGUGUACGCCCCUGCUUCGGGCAAGGUUGUGGAAGUCAACGAAGCUUUGGCCGAUGAACCCAGCUUGGUCAACGACGGUGCUCAAACCACUGGGUGGUUCAUCAAGAUCGAAUUGGACGAUGUCAGCGAAACGUCCAACUUGCUGCAAGAAAGUGAGUACCAGGAACUCUGCGACAAGGAGGAAAAGCAUUAAAUACCCCUUAUCCAUUGUUGUCAAGUUAUAUGUGGUUCAUCUUUGCAAA